UAUAUAUAUUCUUUUUUUUAUAAGUAUUGUAGAUAAGAAAUACAAAGAUAUACAAUGACAUCAAGGUCUACAAUAUGGAGAAAGACUAAAUCUUUGAUUGUCAGUAUAUUAGAAAAUAACAAUUAUCAAAGUUCAACUGGUGAGUUUUUUUCUAGUCCAAUUCAUAAUAGUAUUGAUACUUUUGAAAGUGGUUCUACAUUACCAAUAGCUGAACUCUCUUCAAUAAGUGAUGAUUUUAGUAACUCUUUUGAGUCUUUUCAUUCUAAACAUUGUCCUGAUUUGGCACAUGAUCUUGCUCAGUGGGCGGUUUAGCAUGCAGUUACACAUUUUUCUUUAAAUGAUUUGCUUAUUUUGUUGCGAAAACACGGACACGAGGACCUAGCAAAAAAUUCUAAAACUUUACUUAAAACGCCUAAUUGUGUGCUUACUGAAAAUAUGUGCUCUGGUGACUAUAUCUAUCUAUGUUUAGCUACUGGUAUUAAAAAUAUGCUCCAAGUUGAUGAAGCAAGUAUCAAUAACAACAUACAUUUAAUAGUAAAUUUAGAUGGUCUGCCGCUUUUUAAAUCUAGCAAUACUCAGCUUUGGCCUUUACUUUGUCAAUUUGGUUCUAAACCUCUGUUUCCUGUUGCUUUUUUCUGUGGCAAACAAAAACCUAACUCUUCUAUGGAGUUUCUCAGGCAGUUUUUGGAGGAAUUCAAAAUGCUUUUAGAAAAUGGUCUUGUUUACAAAGAUAAUUUUUUUAAUGUGAGUUUAAAGUUUUUGACAUGUGAUGCUCCGGCACGUGCUUUUAUUAAAUGUAUAAAACCACACAAUGCUUACCAUGGCUGUGAACAAUGUUUUGACAAGGGUGAAUGGCAAGGAAGAGUUGUUUUUAAACAGGUUAAUUCUGUUCUUCGUUCAGACGAACAGUUUUCUAAAAUUACAAAGAUCAUCAAGUAUUUAGAAAUCCUUUGAUUGAUUUUAAUUUACCUUGUGUUUCUACCUUUGUUUUAGACUAUAUGCAUUUAGUUUGUCUUGGGGUUGUUCGGCGACUAAUAAUAUUUUGGACAGAGGGACCAAACAUAUGUUGUUUGUCAUAUGUCCAAAUUAACCGCAUAACUGAAAAAUUAAAUGACUUAUCUGGUAAAAUGCCAUCUGAUUUUGUCAGAGAGCCUAGAUCACUAGAAGAGUUUAAAAGAUGGAAAGCUACAGAGUUUCGUUCAUUUCUUAUGUAUACUGGUCCCUAUGUAUUAAAAAAUGUAUUAAAACAUGAUCUUUAUAUACAUUUUCUUUGUCUUUGUAUUGCUAUUCGUGUGUUAGAUGACAAUAAUUCUAGUUCUAAUGCCAUUGGCUAUGCAUCAAUGCUGUUAAAUUGGUUUGUAUCUAAGUCUGUGGAUUAUUAUGGUCCAACAUUUACUACAUAUAAUGUUCAUAACCUGAUUCAUUUGUCUGAAGAUGUUAUAAAAUUUCAAAUGACCCUACUCGGUAUGUCUGUCUUUUCGUUUGAAAAUUAUUUGCAGCGUCUGAAAAGAUUGGUUCAUGGUAAGAACAUGCCGCUUGCUCAAAUUGUCAAGCGUUUAGGAGAAAUAGAUUGUUCAGAUAAUAAAUUUUUGAGAAAAAAACACAAAUCAAAAGUAGUCCCUGGUGGUAAAGAUAGCUGGGUUUUUUUGAAAAGUGGUCAGUUGGCACAGGUUAUUGAAAUCAAUUUCGAUUCUUUACUUUGUGAAAUAAUUCCAUGUCGGCUUUUUAAUGACUUCUUUGUUGUACCAUGCAGUUCAAGAUAUAACAAAAUAUUAUCUGUGCCAAAAAAUGCUUCUGUAAUAGAAAAACUGUUCAAAAAACUGAACUCAAACACAAAGUUAUUAGUUUUAAGGGUAGAACAAGAAAUGUUGUUUUUUCAUUAUGUCAUGAUUGUGUGUUUUGAAUAAAUUUUGUUUGUUUUAUCUAUUUAAAUUUUUUUUUAUUGUCAGUUGCAUUAGUUUUUGAAUGCAGUUUAUUGAGAAUCAUAUAUGGUAAAUAUAUUCCCUACUAUUUCAAUAUUUAUGUUGAAUAUAUAUUUAAUAAUGAAAUUUUGUUAAAUUUUAUUUAAUUUUAGAUAUUUUUCAAUCGAAAAUUAAUUUUCAUCAUAACAUUUUAUUAAAAUCUUAAUUGAAACAUUCAAAUUUUGCAUAUUUGAAUGUUUCAAUUAGGAUAUUUUGCAUAUUUGAAUGUUUCAAUUUUGCAUAUUUGAAUGAUUCAUUUUAUUUUGAUAGUUAUAAUAGAAAUUAAGUUAAUUUUUUCUAUUUCAAAGGAUUUUGCUCAAAGAUUUUUUGUAAAUAAUUUUUCAAAAAAAGGAAAACUCAGUGUCAAACAAAGAAUACACGAAUUAAUUGAGAUAUGCUAGAAGUUUGGAAAGAAUGUAAAAAUCAAACUAGUUUCACUCUAAGUUAUUGUAUAUAAUUUUAAAAUUUUGAAUAGAAGAAUUAUAAAGUUUA